AGAGCGGGUUCACUUCCGUGUAAAUGUUAUGAAUGAGUCCCAACUUCCCUCUGUAGCCUGCUAACUAGUCUCACCAGUUAGUUGACAGCAAGCGCUACCAUCAAGUCAGUAAAACAUGGAUUACACUGCAUCUCAAAGUGGGUUCAGACAGCGUAAGUUACAGCCGAACAUGCGUCAGAGAAAUAGCACCAUGGAUGGUUCAGAUGGUAGCCAGCUGUUUGAGGAUACGAGUGGAGUUGGACUGGGAGCACAGACAGGAUACAGGAACCAGAUGGCCGGGCCUCAAGCAGCAGGUCUUACUGGCCAGUCCCUCCUGUCAGACCCCAUGUCCAACCUGGCAAUGGCGUAUGGCAGCUCACUGGCAUCACAGGGGAGGGAAAUGGUGGACAAGAAUCUGGACAGGUUCAUCCCAAUUUCUAAGCUGAAAUACUACUUUGCCGUGGACACAGUGUAUGUGGGAAAGAAGCUGGGUCUUCUCGUUUUCCCUUACAUGCACGAGAACUGGGAGGUGAGCUACCAGCAGGACACUCCUGUGGCUCCACGCUUUGAUGUGAACGCUCCUGAUCUUUACAUUCCCGCCAUGGGCUUCAUCACGUAUGUGCUGGUGGCUGGACUGGCCCUCGGCACACAGGACAGAUUUUCUCCAGAGCUGCUGGGGGUUCAGGCCAGUUCAGCAUUUGUGUGGCUCAUCAUGGAAGUCCUGGCAGUCCUCCUGUCACUCUACCUUGUCACUGUUAACACCGACCUCACGACCAUAGACCUGCUAGCCUUCUCUGGCUAUAAAUAUGUCGGGAUGAUUGUAGGUGUAGUUGCAGGACUGUUGUUCGGGAGGCCAGCAUAUUAUCUCUCUUUACUGUGGUGCUGUGCUGCCAUCUUUGUCUUUAUGAUCCGCACUCUGCGUUUGAAACUUUUAUCUGAGGCGGCGGCAGAGGGGAGGCUGGUGAGAGGAACCAGAAACCAGCUGAGGAUGUACCUCACCAUGUCUAUAGCAGCGGCACAACCCAUCUUCAUGUACUGGCUCACUUACCACCUCAUCAGAUAAAACCAGGAACACACACCCCUACACACAUAUACACAUAUACUCACUAGUGUAGAAGAUGAUCUUGGCUGUCAAAAUGCCUUCUCAUCCCCCUAAAAACACAAACACAUACAUCAAAGAAGCUGGACCUGGAUGAAACACACACCGGCCACAGUCGUCUUGGUAAUAUCUCAUCACUCCCAGACUUAAAGACAGAAGUACACAUUGACAAGACUCACUCCAUCUAUGCAUGGAGCAGAUCAACAUGCUACAAGACGAUUUAGAGGCUUUAACGUCUUUUCUCUCAGAGCACAGCCCCAUGUUAUUGGUGUUGCCUUUUUUUUGUCAUUUUUAUGUAAUGUCUUCAAAACAUUUGUAGCGAGAGCAAGUGGCUUUAAGUUGUUUUUUUUCUAUACUGUGUAAUUAUUUGUUAAUUAUGUUUUUUAGGAAUAUUUAAGUAUGUAUGUUUGUUUGUAGUAAUAUUAUUGCAGAAGUCUGAAAUCUCAUGGGUUUUUUUUUUGAGCCAACAGAAGAAAAGCACACUAACCUCACACAAACCGUCCAUUGAAUGAAAAAAAAAAAGUCAAAGCAGAGUUUGAAAGUGAUCAACUGGACCUGCAAGAGAUAAGCUGCUUUGGUGUUUGACUAGAACGACUUAUUUUCUAGUCCGAAUGUUUGGUUCGUGGGUGAGAAAAUACCUGUUCUGUCAUCUGGACUAUGGUCUGUAAGUGUGGGUGCACUACCACCUCCAUUUUUAUCUGUUUAAUUUUUUCGUAUGUGCUUUGUUACAUGUACGAGCUUUGCUGCCUGACAACUUUCGAAUAGAAAUAUCAACUGUGUAAGCCACGAUGACAUGUCUGUGAUUUUGAUAUCCUUUUAAAAUUCAAGUAAAUUAUUUACUGCUUUUCAUAUUGAAAGUCAGAUGGAAUAAAGAAAGGGAAAAAGA